GCACUGACCGCCGCAGGCCCGCCCUCCCCGCCCCCCUGCGUCCCUCCCUCGGCCCGCGUCGCGCUCGCGGCUCCCGGGCGCACGCCCCGCCUCCGCGCGGUCUCCGCUCCCCAGUGCGCGGCGGGAGCCGGACCGGAGCCGGCGGCGGGGCUGGGAGCUCGGCGCCCGACAGCGGGCGAGGCCGGGCGCGAUGGCGGAGAUGGGCAGCAAGGGGGUGACGGCGGGGAAGUUCGCCAGCAACAUGCAGAAGAAGCUCACCCGGGCGCAGGAGAAGGUCCUCCAGAAACUGGGCAAGGCUGAUGAGACGAAGGACGAGCAGUUCGAGCAGUGUGUCCAGAAUUUCAACAAGCAGCUGACUGAGGGCACCCGGCUGCAGAAGGAGCUCCGGACCUACCUGGCCUCCGUCAAAGCCAUGCACGAGGCCUCCAAGAAGCUGAGCGAGUGUCUGCAGGAGGUGUAUGAGCCCGACUGGCCUGGCAGGGAUGAAGCGAGCAAGAUCGCCGAGAACAACGACCUGCUCUGGAUGGAUUACCACCAGAAGCUGGUGGACCAGGCGCUGCUGACCAUGGACACGUACCUGGGCCAGUUCCCUGACAUCAAGUCACGCAUCGCUAAGCGAGGCCGGAAGCUGGUGGACUACGACAGUGCCCGGCACCAUUACGAGUCCCUCCAAACAGCCAAAAAGAAGGAUGAAGCCAAAAUUGCCAAGCCUGUCUCGCUGCUUGAGAAAGCCGCCCCCCAGUGGUGCCAAGGCAAACUGCAGGCUCAUCUCGUAGCUCAAACUAACCUGCUCCGAAAUCAGGCCGAGGAGGAGCUCGUCAAAGCGCAGAAGGUGUUCGAGGAGAUGAACGUGGACCUGCAGGAGGAGCUCCCGUCCCUGUGGAACAGCCGUGUAGGUUUCUACGUCAACACGUUUCAGAGCAUCGCAGGCCUGGAGGAGAACUUCCACAGGGAGAUGAGUAAGCUCAACCAGAGCCUCAACGAUGUGCUGGUCAGCCUGGAGAAGCAGCACGGGAGCAACACCUUCACGGUCAAGGCCCAGCCCAGAAAGAAAGCUAAGCUGUUCUCCCGGCUGCGCAGAAAGAAGCCCAGUGACAAUGCCCCUGCAAAAGAGAACAAGAGCCCUUCGCCGCCGCCAGAUGGCUCCCCUGCGGCCACCCCUGAGGUCAGAGUCAACCAUGAGCCGGAGCUGGCUGCUGCGGCCACCCCCGGGGCUGCCCUGCCCAAGUCCCCGUCUCAGCUCCGGAAAGGCCCACCCGUCCCUCCGCCUCCCAAACACACCCCAUCCAAGGAGGUCAAGCAGGAGCAGAUCCUCAGCCUGUUUGGUGACACCUUUGUCCCUGAGAUCAGCGUGACCACCCCCUCCCAGUUUGAGGCCCCAGGGCCGUUCUCGGAGCAGGCCAGUCUGCUGGACCUGGACUUUGACCCCCUGCCGCCCGUGGCGAGCCCAGUGAAGGCGCCCACGCCCUCCGGUCAGCCCAUCCCCUGGGAUCUCUGGGAGCCCACAGAGGGUCCAGCUGGCAGCUUACCUUCCAGGGAGCCCAGCCCUGCCGAGGGCACCUUCGCUGUGGCCUGGCCCAGCCAGGUGGCUGAGCCGGGGCCUGCCCAACCAGCAGAGGCCUCGGAGGUGGUGGGGGGCACCCAGUCUGCGGCCGGAGCCCAGGAGCCCGGGGACACAGCAGCUGGCGAAGCAGCCUCGAACUCCCUGCCGGCCGUGGUGGUGGAGACCUUCUCUGCAGUGAACGGCACGGUGGAGGGCAGCAGCGGGGCUGUGCGCAUGGACCUGCCCCCGGGGUUCAUGUUCAAGGUGCAGGCCCAGCAUGACUACGCGGCCACAGACACAGACGAGCUGCAGCUCAAGGCGGGGGACGUGGUGCUGGUGAUCCCCUUCCAGAACCCUGAGGAGCAGGACGAAGGCUGGCUCAUGGGCGUGAAGGAGAGCGACUGGAACCAGCACAAGGAGCUGGACAAGUGCCAGGGCGUCUUCCCCGAGAACUUCACGGAGCGGGUUCAGUGAGGGCAGCAGGGCCAUGGUGUGGCUCUCUGGUGUGUGAAGAACACCUUCUCCCCAAAAUGUGUGUUUUUUUCUUUGUUUUUGUUUUUGGACUUUUUGGAAAGCAAAGGGAAAUCGUGAGGAGAGACCUGAGCCACGAGGUGUCUCCCAAAGGAGGUGGUUUUCCGAAGAGCCGGCUCCGGCAGGUUGGGCUGAGUCGCCAGUGUCCGGCGCUGCUGUGCCCCUAGUUGAGUUCUGGCUGCCGCCACCCGCAGCGCCCUUUGGGGUCCGCAACCGCCGCGUACCCGGCCCAGGGCGGGCUGGGGCUGCAGAGCCGCCGCGCUUGCCUGAAGCUUUGGCUGAGCCACUGGGCAAGGGUCCUUUCCUGCCACUGCUGUGGGUGGGGUCCAGUCUCCCAGACACCUUGGGACCCAGACCUGUCUGGCCUCGCCCUGCCCCGCAGACCGUCUGUGUGCUGUUUGAAAAUAAAUCUUAGUGUUCAAAACAAUGAAACAAACCUGACAAAA